AUGUCUUCGAGCACCAAACGUACGGUUUCACACACUAGCAGUCCCUCUUUUGUUUCUCGCGUCCUCCUCCAAAUGGUCCUUAGUUUCGCUGCAGUCACUGGCACCACGAGCGAUGUGGAGACAACAAAAACUGUGAAUCGACCUGUCAAGGCGGGCAAUACCAAAUGGUCUCGAACAAUGGCAUUGCUCGGAAAGCAAAGAUAA